UCUCUGCUCAGUUGAGGUGGUGUACGUCUUGGAUAUCCUGACAACCGAGCAGUCUCAAGGCAUUAGAUCUGUGGAUGUGUCCCGCACAUUGUGGGGGGACUGCAGCCAUGAUUCACCCGCGGACUCUCAGAGUUGAUUUUAAUAAAACGACAAGCGUCUUGUGCGUAGUCGGCUCGGAGCUUAACGUAAACCUGAACAGGAGUGCCCCUCCCAACUCCAAGUUCUUCUCAGUGAAAUGUACUCCCAGUGUUCAGUACACCAUAACUCCACCACCUCAAGAGACAUCCCAUCUCUCUCCCAUCCCUCUUAAGGGAAACUCAGUCCUACUAAUCAGCAUGAGUCACGCCAGUCAACAUGAAAAUGAUAGCAAGCUGUCUGUUCGCUACUAUGGAGAGAACAAAGACUCCUUGGGGAUAGCAGUCCUGCACCUGACAGCUGUUGAGAUCUCUCUGGAUGUGGACGCUGACAGAGAUGGCAUUGUGGAGAAAAACAACCCCAAUAAGGGAUCUUGGGAAUGGGGUUCCAAUGGGCAUGGAGCCGUCCUUUUGGUUAACUGUGACUCAGAGAGGACCUAUCUGAAGAAACCAGACAGUCAGGAAGACUACAUCUCCAAAGUGUCUGAUCUUAAGGACAUGUCACUUAUGGUGCUUCGGACCAGAGGCCCUGCACGACUCCCAGAUGGCUACAAACUCACCAUGCACGUCUCUCAGGGAGAUGCAGAAAGCAUUCGAGUCUUCAGACCUGGAACCCCUAGUCUGUUGAAUAAUACCCUGCGGAAACUCUACAGUGUCUUUGUGAAGGACUAUCCACUGGUGCUGAGCAGUGAGGUUCUGUCCCAGGAAGUGCCUUACCUUGGAGGCACAGCAGAGAUGAACUUUUAUGUGGAGGGCCUCAGGUUUCCUGACAAAGACUUUGAUGGACUCAUCAGCAUCAACCUCAGCCUGUUAGAACCCAUCUCUGCUGGCCUUCCUGAGACGCCCAUUUUCACAGACAAAGUUGUCUUCAGAGUGGCUCCAUGGAUCAUGACACCCAACACCCUCCAGCCUGUGGAGGUGUUUGUCUGCAGUACUUCUGAUAACUACCAGUUCCUGAAAGGAAUGAGGAACCUCGUUGCGAAGAGUGGGUACAAACUGAAGAUAUGCCACGAGUAUGUGAACAGAGGAGACCGUUGGAUGCAGGAUGAACUGGAAUUUGGAUACAUUGAUUCUCCCCAUCACUGGUUUCCUGUUGUUCUGGAUUCCCCAAGAGAUGGAGAUCUUCUAGAUUUUCCAUAUGAGGAGCUACUGGGCCCUGACUUUGGCUAUGUGACAAGGGUUGCAGAGAGGAAAGAUGUGACCGGUUUGGACUCAUUCGGUAAUCUGGAGGUCAGUCCUCCUGUCACUGUAAAUGGCAAAAAUUUCCCUCUGGGCAGAAUCAUCAUCGGGGUGGCUUUCCCCACGGCAACUAAAGGUCGAAACAUGACCAAAGUAGUUCAAGACUUCCUGUGGGCUCAGAAGGUUCAGGAGCCCAUUGCCUUAUUUUCUGACUGGCUCCUCGUUGGCCACGUAGAUGAAUUCAUGACUUUUGUUCCUGCACCAGACAGAAAGGGUUUCCGUCUGCUGCUGGCCAGCCCAGACGCAGUCUACAAACUAUUCAGAGGCUUACAGAAUGAUGGACAUGGACAAGCCAAACUGUUUGAGGGUCUGAUAGAUGAAGAACCAGUGACAGUGGAGGAGAUACUAAAUGAUGAAGAACUCCAGGCUGAGAAUAACUAUGUGCAGAGCUGCAUCGACUGGAACAGGGAUGUACUAAAGAGGGAGCUUGGACUAGACGAUGAUGACAUCAUUGACCUGCCAAUCCUCUUCAAGUUGGUAGCGGAGGAGGAAGACGAGUACAGAGCAGUGGCUUACUACCCUGACAUGGUGAACAUGAUUGUCUUGGGGAACAACCUCGGCAUCCCGAAGCCAUUUGGCCCAAAGGUGAAUGGACGGUGUGUCCUUGAGGCUGAGAUGUGUUCCCUGAUGGAGGGUCUGGGCCUCUGCUGUACAUUCAUUGAUGACUUUGCCUCCUACCACAAACUGCUAGGAGAGGUGCACUGUGGCUCCAACGUCCGCAGGGAACCGUUCGACUUCAAGUGGUGGAAUCUGGAGUUUUGAACAAAAAACUGAGAACAAGAGGUUAUUGUGGUAGCCCUUAAAGUUGAGAUGAAACCUAAUGGCACCAGAAAAUAACAACUACGCUAAACCCUUCACAAAAUUAUUUGGGCUUCCUGCAAUUGCAGUUAAAGCAACUCCUUAUUUCACCACUUGAACACAUCACAUCUAAAGCUGCAGUAGCAGGAACUGAUCUCUUCGUCUCACCAUAACUUUGACGAGUGUGCACAGUGACCAGCAAAGCUAGGUUACUGGUAUUCUUUGUUCCUAACAAAUAUUUAAAAUAAAACUGGAAAACAGGAGACCCUUUUACAGCAUUUCAAUUUCCCUCUGAGAUUCAUAAAAUAUUUUUCAUUUUAGGAUUCUAACUUAGGCAGAUUUUCAGAUUACAAGAUUGUUUUAGCAGACUUGGAUACAACAGAAGAGGUUUACUUUGCUGUCAAAGCCUUACAAAAUGUUUGUCUUAAACUCACAUUGUUUUGUUCUGUCAUUUUAAAAUAAGUGCCUUUUUGUCAUCUCAGAUUUUUUUGCAGUGUAAUAACCUUUAUAAAGGCCAGUACUGAUAAAUAUUUCAAUGUAAAUAUGCCAGAAUUAGACUAAAGGCUACUUUACAUCAGUAAUAUCUGUAUUAACUUUUUUUUAAUCAAGCAAUAAUAAGGCUACGCCAGGGUUGGAUCUUGGUGUGCAUAUUCAUCUUUAUUAAGUUGAGAAGAACAUUUCAAUCAAGCACACAGAAGAUUUGUUCCUAGUGUUAAAGUGGUUCUUGGCCACUGGCAUACAAGCACAGAUAAACGGUACCACAUAACAAUGUGCAGUAAUAAUACAAAGCCACAAGAGGGCAGACUUUAUCUACUCAAGCAUUUUCAUGUUCCGAUAUACUACAGUUAUUUUGUUUUAUUUAUUUAUUUUUUGUUUGUUUUUUUCUCCAGAAACCUCUAAAUGACUGUAACACUUUUGUUUUGCUAUGACUGAAAAUGUCUUCUUUGUUAUCUUAUGAGCCAUUUGAUGCUAAAAGACUGAAUUAAUAAAGUUUGAACUGUUGGCUGUU